GGGUGUCACGCACUUAAAGAGACCAGUUUUACAGUUGUUGACAUUUCCCCCUCAAUCUUAACGAAUAUAUAUUUUUAUAAGUAAAUACAAUAUUUUAUAUCUUGAAUCACUUUUGGCCUAUUAAAUUUCCCUUUUCAAUAAAGUGGCUAGCACUGCGCAUAUUAGAAGGAUAUUGUAUCCUUAAAAAAGCGAAAAAGAAAGAAACUCCGAUUACAUUGCAAACAACAAAAUUGCAUAUGUCUCCUCGUUUAAGCAUAUAUAGUGUGAGAAUUGAAGCCGGGCGGAAUAAUAAGUAAUAUGACAUCAUUGUCAUUACUACUCUGAAUCUCUUAUUUAUUUUACACUUAGAAAUAGAGUGGGUUCUUGAACGUUACUACUGCACGCAAUUUCCUGACUGUCUCUGUUUUCCGGAGCGGGAGAGUUUGGAAGUAAACAUUCGAAUAACAUUUUCGAACUUUUAGUGAAAAAUCAAAACAAACGCUCACAGUGGUUUGUAAAACACAUCAUGGAUAAUAGCGAUACAAACAAAAGUGAAAUCCAGAACGACGAUGCACAACCAUGUGGAAGCAAGAAUUUAGAUAUUAAUGGCAAUACGAACCACUCACAUAUCAACAUCGAUAAUCUAAAUUCCAAUAAGAAAUCAUUCCCUGUAACACUGCCAUCCUCUGCAAGAUCCGGAUCUCUAAGUGUGGCUCAGCACAGCAACAGAAAAUCCUUUUUUGGUGAACUAAAGAACUUUUUAACCUUUAAGAAAAAAACAGAUUCGGUUGCACCUGAAGAUGAUGAAAAUGAAGAUGGAAAGAUAGAUGAAAAUGGCAACGAAAUGGUGUUAAAUGCAUUACCAAGUGGUCGAAGAAAAGCUGAAAUAUUUGAAAAAGAAGUAAAAGAACAAACUGUAAUGCCUCAAGGAAAGAACCUUUCUAAAGUAGCAAGAAAAGCAAAUACGUUACAAAUGUCCAUCAAAAAAUGGAAAUUAAUGAAAAGUGUUGAAGCACCGCGGGAAACCAUCGCUGUAAAUCCAAUUCAUCAAAAAUAUUUAGAUGAUGCCGUAGACAGGUUAAAAAUAGAAGUUCCCCGCCCUCUAGAGAUUAUAAUUAACGAAGAAGCGUUGAUGAUUGUGACAAAAACAAUGCAGAUGUACAAAUCAAUGCUGGGGAGUAAACACAAGUUGACAAAAGAAGCAGAAGAACAUGUGAAAAUGUUGAAACUUUCAGUUAAGGAACCUAAGUGCUGACUGUUAAAUCAUCUGAGAUGCAAGAGCUAAAACUUUGUAAUAUUCCUUCUUAACAUUUUUAAUUUUCUGAAAACCGGUUUCUCACAGUGGUUAACUUAAUACCUUUAAUACCUUAUCUUAACCCUUUUUAACCCACUGCCCACUGUUUUACACAGUAACCUUUCGAUUUCUGUGCUUUUUUAAGAAACACGUUUACAAAAUCGUUAAAAAAAUAACUUUGUUCACUUGAAAUAUAUUAUAAAGUAAGAUUUUUCCAUUAUGGUUAACAAGUUUAUAAUUAUCUCGACACGGCUUGCGAAAUUAACGAAUUUUCCCGUGCUUUGUAUCUCAAAGCAUAAAACGCAUACAUCGCGAGAUGUUUUUUUCAUUCACAGUAAAUGACAACGAGAAUAAAGUGA